AUGGUGACUCCUUCUGUCGUUAACAUGACACCCACACCACAACAGCCACUCGCUCAACCAUACUUGUCGAGCGAGAACUCCCAGAUAUCCAUGGUUGAGGAGGAGGUUCUAGAGCUGUACAAGCAUUACAUUUCCGAUAUCGAUGCAACAUUGUCCGCAAAGAUGCUACGAUACAGGUCUAAUGAAAGCGAUGAAUCUCAUUACGACUUAAAGAAGUGA